AUGAGAGCAUUCGCACCACUGGCAGGUGUAUUGCUUGCCGCGCUCUCCAGUGCCCAGGUGCUUGUCGAUUUCCAAGUCGCUGAACCGCCUCCGGUUCCAAACAGUGGGCAACAAUGCACGAUGAUGAUUCUGGAGCGCACAUUUGGGAACUCAUACGGAGAUCCAGAGAUCGUCGAGUACACUCCGCCGACAGAUUGCGGGGCGGUCGGUUCCUGGGCAGCAGUAACACUCAAUUUCACAGUGACAUCAAACGGGACCCAGUAUGACCGCCUUGGAAUCUUCACGUUCCAGAACACGGAAAUCUGGCGCACUUCAACUCCAGAGCCAACCGAAAACGGUAUCAUUUGGACUUACACGAAAGAUGUCACUCGCUACAUUCCCUUGUUCGACAAGCCCGGAACUUUCAUUCUCGAGCUUGACAACAUCGUCACGUCCACUGACACUGGGCAAUAUGCGACUACACUUUAUGCAACUUUCUAUGCGUCGUCCGGGGAAUAUCCUACUGCUGGACAAUCUAAUAUGAUUGUGCCGAUAUCAACGAUGCUAAACAACACUGGCAACGAGGCUUCAGUCCCACCAGCAUUUUCUCUCAACGUGACGCUCCCGCAAAACACUGUUGAAAUCUACGCCGAGCUCUAUGCGUCCGGAAAUGGAGACGAGGAAUUCUGGUACUACAACACACCCGACGAAUACCUCGGAUAUCUUCCGCCUGGCACAACAUACGGUGGAGGCCCUUUCCGUGAGGUUCGUCUCCUCGUGGAUGGCCAAGUUGCUGGUGUAGCCUUUCCAUAUGCUGUCAUUUUCACUGGCGGCAUAAAUCCCGCAGUUUGGAGGCCCAUCACAUCAUAUGGUGCAAUUGAUCUUCCUACCUACUUCCUUGAUCUCACACCAUUUGCACCGGUGUUCGCCGACGGCCUCCCCCAUAAUGUGACCUUGGACGUCGCCUCCGCUGAAACAAAUCACACUCUCAACCAGAACUGGUAUGUUUCUGGACUCUUGCAGGUUGUCACGGACCCGUCGGGCAAACGAACGACGGGCAGCAUCACGACAUAUGAUGCUCAACCCUAUGCAAUAACGGAGACAACUGCGAGUAUCGGCGGCACAGAUGUCAAUAUUACGGUCAAUGCUCAGCGCUCACUCAAAAUCGAGUCUACCAUCGUCAGCGGUAGUGGGACGACAAACAAUGUCGUUUUCCAACAGAGCAUGGACUUCACAAACACGCAAUAUUAUCUCAAUGACGCCAAUAUUCAGAAUGUCGCGCAGAUAUCAUCUGGCUCAGUCAUCUCAACUCACAACGGAGUCUCAGUUCUUACCGACGACUUUAACUAUCCCCUGUACAUCAACGUGACAAUCCUGCUUGUCCCUGCGCCUUUCAUCUUGGGAUCCGACAUUAGUGAGCGCCAGCAGACAGCGGGUUACCUCACCAUCUCAACCACGGAAGUUACUGGUAACGGGACCAGCAACAACACCUUUUCGUACGUUGACACCAAGGGUAACACGUACGCUAGGGAUGUAGAGGCUGCAUACGACGUGAUCACCUAUGAUGAGCAGAGCGGCAGCCUUGCAACCACUCCCCUACCCGCAUUUCCUUUAAUUUCCAACGCACAGUCCAUUCCCGGUGCAAGACUCCCAGGUGGACAGGGUGUAUUUAACUCGUAG